AAGGAAAGGGAAGACAGACUCUUAAUGAUUUGCACUUAUUCUUAAAAAGACCACCGAGGCAAUUGAAAUCAUAUCUGUCUUCUUCUGAUGAAAUAAUACAUCAUUAUUUUAGCCUGUUCCACCUCGGAAGUUUGUACAAGGUGUCAACGGAAAGAAGUCUAAGGCGUCAAAGUCGACAGUUACGUAAACCUUUUACUAGGUAACAACCGCGAGUAGAUCACAAGCAAAAAAAUUGAGGCAAACCGGUUGAAAGAAGCUUCAAACUUGAAGAUAGAGAAUCAAACAGAGUAUUUUUCAGUCUUGAUACGCGACACUUAAUGGUAGGAGCGAUGAUUUAGGGUGAUCAGAGAGCGAGGUCAGGUCAUAGAUGCGGAAAAGCUCAACUGUGUGGGUGCUGUGUACUUCGCAGCAUCUGAAUGAAUUAUUCUGAAACUCAGGAUCUGUUUGUCUUCACACUACGAGUAAUUAGCGUGUCGUUCAAACAGCAAAAUUCUUUUUAAAAAAAAUACCGCCCGGGCAAUUAAGAAAUGAAAAUAUCUUGUAGUAUUUAAUAAUUUUUAACACAAUGAAGAAAAAUCAAGUUUCAUUAUACAUUGAUUAGUUUGACUGAAUUGAAAGUAUUAAGGAUUUUUGCCCUUGUGCUCGGUUUAUUCUUCACGCCUGUCAGUUGACAACUUAACAACCAAUGGGACGUGUCCGGCUGACGUAAAAAAAUCUCAGCCCCUGUAAUUAGUAACGUCUGCUAGCAGAGAGAGCGUAAUCCGAUAAGAAACAAUACGAACUCCACCAGUCAUUAAUGUGUGUUCGCUCUUGUAUUAACACAAAGAAGACGUGGGCGACUUACAAUGCAAAAUUCGAUUUCUUUCUCUAUUGAAUCGAUUAUUUCCAGAAGAGAUCCUCCGAAGCAAACAGGGGAAGAAAAUUAUGACAGCCAAGGAAUUUUAAGCCGCGGACCACUGAGUGCCAUGCAGAAUUUGGUUGAGCUCACACCGCGGGGCGAUGGGAUCUAUUCGGACAGGACAGUCUCUGUAUUUCAAAUGGAGGAAGAAAAAUUGGACAAACAUUUUCGUAGAGAGAACGUAAUGGAUCAUUUCCCCUCCUCGCCAACAAGCUUUAGUGGCAAAGCUCAUCCAAAUUCACCAACUGGGAGUGAUGAGGACGAACAAGAAGACCAAAAUUCAGACUCCGAGGGAGGAACCAAAUCCAGACGGAAAAGAACGGCUUUUACAAGCCAACAACUGUUAGAACUUGAACGAGAAUUUCACACCAAAAAGUACCUUUCACUGGAAGAGAGAUCACACAUUGCAAGAACUUUAAAACUCAGCGAGGUUCAAGUGAAAAUUUGGUUUCAGAACAGACGAGCGAAAUGGAAGAGAGUAAGGACUCUCGGUGGACCUCAAGCUCAUGGAAACAGAAAGCUUCACGCUCCUAAACUUGUUGUUCCUAUUCCCAUUCAUGUGAACAGAUAUGGAUCAAAAAAUCAACUCUACAUUUCUUGAGAUAUGCAUUCAUUCAUUUCAUCUUUAGAGAUGACGAUGACCUUAAAUCGUGGCCCUAAUAUCCGUAUCGAAGCCAUGCUGGCCUCUACUGGCUCGUUCUGCAUUCUCCUCAUUUGUUUUGUUGGAGUUCUUAUCUGUGAUUUUAUGUAUCAUAACCAUCAUACAUUCAGUUUGGUUCCUCCGAAUUCUCUGAUAAACUAGCAAACAGUAAGCGUCAAAACCAAGGAACGGCCCGAGGAUCAACAAACGAUUUGACUUAAUCCACAUUCAGUUAUUAAAUGUUGAAAAAACCGAA